AUGGCAGCAGCAAAGGAUCCUCCUUCCACACCAAAAUCCAAGAGGCUCUAUCAACUUUGGAAGGGUAACAAUAAAUUUCUUUGCGGCGGAAGAGCCGUCUUUGGUCCUGAUGCAGCAUCUCUAUUUUUGACAACCUUUUUAAUUGGAGGUCCUGCAAUAGCAUUUUGCAUAAAGAUGCUGCUGCUGAUAAUCAGAACAAACGAUCCAUGUUACGACUUUCCAGUACUAGUCGGGGGAUUGGCCCUCACUAUUAUGGACUUCGUAUUUCUCUUCAUGACGUCAGGUAGAGAUCCAGGAAUAAUUCCUAGAAACUCUCAGCCACCUGAAUCAGACGAAUCGCUUGGCUCUACUAACCAAUCUAUGGAGUGGGUUAAUAACAAAAUUACUGACUUGAAAUUGCCACGUACAAAGGAUAUAAUUAUUAAUGGCCACAGUAUAAAAGUGAAGUUCUGCGAAACUUGUCUGUUAUAUCGUCCGCCACGAGCUUCACAUUGCUCCAUCUGCAACAAUUGUAUUCAGAAGUUUGAUCACCAUUGUCCAUGGGUGGGUCAGUGCAUUGGACAGCGCAACUACCCAUUUUUCAUAGGCUUUAUAUCCACAUCAACUACUUUGUGCAUAUAUGUGUUCAUGUUUUCUUGGUUCAAUGUUCUCCGGCAACACAGAACUUUGUGGAACGCUAUGUCGCAUGAUGUUCUAUCUGUUGUUCUCAUUGCAUACUGCUUUGUAGCAGUCUGGUUUGUUGGUGGGCUUACGCUUUUCCACGUCUACCUGAUUGGCACCAACCAGACCACUUACGAAAAUUUCCGGUACCGCUAUGAUAAGAAGGAAAACCCCUUCAACAGAGGGAUAAUAAAUAACCUUAAGCAAGUAUUCUUCUCUAAGGUCCCAGCAUCACAAAUCAAUUUUCAAGAAUGGGUGUCAGAAGAUGAUAAGUCUAUAAUGGGUAGUCCUGACAUAAAUGGAAACUUCAUUGGGAAAGGGAAAUUUGACAUAGAAAUGGGAGGUAAAUUUGGCAAGGAUGGGGCCAUUCAUCUCCCAACGAUUUUGCAGAAUUUGGAUUAUGGCAGUCUUGACGAUAAUUUGAAGAAGAAGGGAGAAGGAAAACCUGCAUUUGACCCUUUUUUAUUUCCUGCCGAUCAAGAACAACAGAAUUCACCGCAGAGCUCCAGCGAUAAAAGCAAUCCUGUGGGAGAUAACAGGAAACAAUAG